UUCCGUAAUGAGCCCCGAAAGCAAAACUAAUUCAAAAUCAUGGAGGAUUUACACAUUACAAAUGCAAUUCCUAAUGACAAUAAGAAAGUUUUCAAUCCUUAUUGUCUUUCUGAGUUGUAUUAAAAACAACAUCAUGGUGGAUCCAGUGUGGCUAGAAAGUUAUUCAGGCCAAGGUUGCGUUAAUCAAUUUCCCAGUGAGACAUGUGAGGCUCUUUAUGUCCAAAGUCCGCAUCUUACGUGCUCAGAUCCUCAAGUUUUGGAAUUCUGCUGCGCCUUCUGUGCAGAUAGAUCCACAGCUAGAUCCACAGGCGGCCGUGUUACAACCAUCCUGCGUGCUGCAGACACUUCAAACCUCGUGCUGACGAACCUUAUUAUGGCUCUCGUUAUGUUUGCGACUUUAUUUUUGCUUGUAACAUGGCGUCCUGUUUUUCGAAGACGUUAGGAUCGUUACAGACACCUCAAACCCCGUGCUGAUAAACCUUGUUAUUAUGGCGAUUGCACAAUUUAUUCUUGUUUGUUACGGGGUAGCUUCGGCUUUAGAUUUUAUAUUUCAAAAAUACAUCAGCUGCAUUAAAACCAUUUCAUCUGUCCUCUGGAAAGGUAUUAUAUUACAAUUUAAAAGCUCUAUAAAAUGAAUGAAAUGCAUGUGAAAAACAAAACCAGAAUAUCUGCUAAGAUGGCGCCUGUACGAAAGCCUUUAAUUUGGUAAUGUAUCCCUCAAUAAACUUCUUAAA